AUGAACUUUCAAGCCGGAUCAGGUUCUAAUCCCGGUGAUAACCUGAAUAAUAUGGCUGUCCCGGAUUUCGAUGAGGUAGCCGAGAAGGAUAAAGCGAAGGAAGAAUUUCCAAAACAGUUUGAGGAAAAAUGGAAAUGGAUGGAAGAAAAGUUUAGAGCAAUGGAAUGCAUUGAAAGCUAUCAUGGAAUGGAUGCAAAAGAUUUGAGUUUAGUCCCAGACUUGGAAAGUCUUACAGGAGCGGCGUCUAAAUGGUAUAACCAGUUGAGCCGGGCCAAAAUCAGCACUUGGAGGGAUUUGGCGCAGGCUUUUAUGAGACAUGGAAAAAUAGAUGGUGGGGAGAAUAAUCGAAGGCCAGUUCCAAAGAAAAGAGAAAGUGAAGUAAACAACGUGAAUGUAUACAACAAAUCAAUUACAGUGAAUCAGCCAAGGAAACAAGAAUCGAGAAUGAGGCAAAAUACAGAGAAGCCCCAGUUCACUCCCAUUCCAAUGACAUUUAAAGAGCUGUAUCAGAAUUUAUUUAAUGCACAUGUUAUUGCUCCUUGUUACUUGAGUCCUCUACAACCCCCGUAUCGAAAAUGGUAUGACACGAAUGCGCAAUGUGACUAUCAUGCUGGAAUUUCAGGACACUCUAUAGAAAAUUGUACUGCUUUCAAGAAGGUAGUGGAAGGACUUAUCAAAUUGGGUGUUGUCAAAUUUGAUGACUCACCCAACACAGAAAGUCCGUUGCCCAAUCAUGAUGAUAAGAGAGUGAAUAUGUUGAGCGAAGGUACGGGGGAAGAAGUCAAGACUGACAUCGCUGAAGUAAAAACUCCAUUGAAACGGGUAUGGAAAGAGAUGGCAAAAAGAGGGUUAGUUAUUUCAGAUUUGGAGGAAGGGUAUGAGAUGGGAAAUUAUUGUGAAUUCCACUAUAAAAUAGGGCACGAAAUCCAAGAAUGUGAAGGAUUUAGGGCUUCGGUUCAAAGCAUGAUGGAUAACAAGGAAAUGAAGUUCUAUGAGGAAACAGAGGAAGAAAGAAGCAUAUGCGCGUCAGAAUCAACAACGAAGAUUUCAAAAAUAAAUCAUCCUGUGGUCAUUAUUUCGCACCCUAAAAACAGUGAGGCUAGGGUCCAGGUAACACCAAAAAUUGUAAUCCAUAAGCCGUUAAAUUUCUCAUAUAAAGAUAGUAAAAUGGUUCCGUGGAAGUAUGGAUGCAAUGUGACAAUCUCAGGAAAAGAGGUUGAGAGAAGUCAAGAAAGGGGUUCUUAUACGCGCAACGGGAAGCGAUAUGAUACUCCAGCAGAAUUGCCAAGAGAAAUGAAUUUGAUGGUAGAACAAAGGAAAGGGAAAGCAGUGGAGGUUGAGCCGUUGGUUAAUGAACCAAUAAAAGAAGAAGAAGCAAAAGAGUUUCUAAAGUUUUUGAAAUACAGUGAAUACAUUGUUGUGGAGCAAUUGCACAAACAACCUACCCGCAUUUCUGUAUUAGCUUUGCUCCUAAGUUCAGAAGUACAUCGAAGUGCGCUGAUGAAAGUACUAAACGAAACAUAUGUGGCCGAGGACAUCUCAGUCAAUAAACUGGAUCGCUUGGGGAACACAUUACCGGGGGUUUUGAUCGAUAAUGGAUCUGCAUUGAACGUAUUGCCUUUGUCCACUCUUAAUCGAUUACCUAUGGACAGUUCACAUAUGAAACCCUGCCAGAAUAUAGUAAGGGCAUUUGAUGGAAUAGAAAGAAGUUUUAUAGGAAGAAUUGAAAUACAAUUAAGAAUUGGCCCAACUACUUAUGAGGUGGACUUUUUAGUAAUGGAUAUUAAGCCUUCCUACAAUUGUUUAUUGGGGAGACCGUGGACACACUUGCCAGGGGCAGUACCUUCAAUGUUACAUCAGAAGGUGAAGCUAAUAUCAGAGGGUCGAUUCGUAACAAUAAGUGCGGAGGAGGAUCUUAUUGCGAUGGUAAUGGGUGAUACACCUUAUAUGGAGACCAAUGAUGAGGCAGUGGAAUGUUCUUUCCGGCCCUUGGAAUUUGUGAACGCAACAUUUAUCGCUGAAGGAAAUAGGAUCCCGAUACCAAAGAUAUCCAAGACUACUGAGAUGGGUUUACAGUUGAUGGUAGGAAGAGAAGCUUCGCCAGGGAAAGGGUUGGGAAAAUACCUUCAAGGAAAGAUUGAAGCACCCAUGCUGAAGGAAAAGUUUGAUCGUUUUGGCUUGGGUUACAAGCCAGAUAUGAAACAAAAGAGAAAAGAAGUGGAGAAAAGGCAGGAGAAAAGAAUGGCACGUUUAAGCAGAGAGGAAUUCAAGUGGGAGCCUUUGACCUUCCCCCACAUAUCUAAAUCCUUUGUGUCGGGUGGGUUUAUUUACCCUCAGCGAGGGGUGUCCAGAAGGGAAAACAUUGAAGAGAUGUUGGAAAAUGUUCAUAUCAAUGCUAUAGAGACACCUGAAAGAAAGACCUUGUUGGAGAUUUGCCUUUACGAACCUGGGAGCGAGCUAAACAAUUGGACUGCAGAAGAAAUACCUGUAGUCUUUAAAGCUUAUUCAGCGUAA